AUGGUCAACUUUUAUGAGGAUAGUACAAAGAUUGUUGUCUUUGGAGGCCUCACCCCUGCAUCUAGUGGUCCUAUAGGCUUUAACAUCCCUUCAUCAGAAAUCUUUGUUCUCAAUCUCAAUUCGGGGGAGUGGAGGAAGGGUCCUAAUGCAGCUGAACCACGGGCCAGUGCUGCCUGUGGCCUUGCUGGUGAUCGGUUUGUAGCCUGGGGUGGUGAAAAAGAUCCGACGAGCGACCCAUAUGAUUCGAUCGUUGUGUUUGAUCUGACCAAGUUUGAGUGGCUUAAGGCUUCCUCAGACGACCAUCCAUCUUCUACACCCUCUUCCGGCCCAACAUCUUCAGGUGUCCCUACAACUAAGGCUUCAAAUACUAAUAUUGGGGCCAUAGCAGGUGGAGCAGUAGCAGGGUUAGUCUUGGUAGCAUUGAUCGUAGCUGUCCUCAUCUAUAGAAGACGAAAGCAAACAUCAGGUGAAGAGCAUGGACUCAUUGAGCCGAAGAAGGUGAAGCAAAUGGACAACCCUAAAAGGUCAAGUGAAGACGAACCACAACAUAAGAAUGAGCUCACAUACCGUAAUCCCCACACUAUCUUAUCACCACGCAGUCCUCAACAGUAUCCUUACUUGGGGCGUGAUCCUCAAUGGACGCCUAACCUCGCUCAUGACCAUGCACAGGGCCAUGCAGAUCGUAUUGUAGAAGCAUAA